AUGGAGGAGAGGACAAGUGAUUCAGGGCCAUGUGAACCUGGCCCUACAAACUCUGGUUGGUGGCCCUCGGAUUUGUUUGAAAAGUUACAAUCAGUUUCAUUGGGUUCCAGAGAUGGAACAUUGACUAUUAGGGAACCUGCACAUAGUUUGCCGUGUGCUGACUUGUCAGCCCAUGCAGCAUCUCAAGCUCUAUGGGCCACUGGAACGUACUCUGGAGUAAUACCCAAUGGAUUUUACUCUGUCAUCCCGGUGAGUAACAGUUUAUGCCUUUUUGUUUAACUUUUAAUGAUUGAUGGCAAUCAAUUGGCCCAAUGGCUUGCUAUGAUCUCUGUUAUUUAGCAACCUUUUGAUUUUCAGUUAGUGUUUUUCUGUUCUUUCAAAAGUCUACGGUUCGAGUGUCAAUCACGAUAGUUUUAGAAACCUUUUUGUGCAUAAUAUAUCCAAGUCAUGCAGUUGGACUGGUUAACUAUAAUCUUUGACAUAUUUUGAUUUGUGCUAUUGUGCCGCUCAUGUCCCCAUGUUUUUACUCAAGCUUCUUCUGUUAUAUUCAAUUACAUCUGUUUACUAUUCUGUUAUUUUUCUUUUUAGUUUUCAGUCGGAGAUCUUGGAGUAGUUGAUUUUCUGUUGCAAAGAUUGAGUGUGGUUGGGCAGUUUUUACCUUCUCAACUUUAAAUGCUGGAUUAUAUUUACCAUAUUUUUGUCAGUUCAUAAUGAAAACGGUUGAUGAUUCACUAUUUUGGAUACGUGUACUAUUAUUGUGAAGUAGAUGUGUUUGAUGGAUAGUACUUGCACAUAAUCAUUUGUAUGUCCUCUAGUUGAUUAUAGUCUAUCUCCCCCUUUGGUGGGCUUAUGUUGAACUUCCCUGUAGAGUGCCAUCUCCAAUCUCUACAAUGCGUAGUUCAUGGAAUUUGUUGAUUAUAACCAAAUUAGUUAACUUGGAUCAGUAUUAGCCCUUAGUAAUCUGAUUUCUUGCGGAAACCGAUUCAAAGGGUUAUUGAUCUGACUCGUGUGAGUUAAUGAACCUAUUAAGAUUGGAUCAGUUAUUGGUACCGCAUGACUGCAGCGGGUAUUUCCGAGGACUGAAGCUAUAGACCUUGGGACACCCGCAACUUAGGUCUUUUACAUGUUUUAAGUUAAGCAGUAGUAUUAGCUUUAUAGAACAUUUUCUCAACAAUUUCACUUUCAUCUUUGUGCAGGAAAAAAAGUUCAAGGAGGAUUUUGACACGAUUCCUUCGCCCGAUGACCUCUCUUCACUUGGCGUAGAGGGACUUAAGGCGGAGGUCAUUCUUGUUGACAUGGAAAAGGAUAAAAAACUUUCGAUGCUAAAGCAGUUAAGUGCCGCACUAGUGAAAGGGCCAAACGCAAAUCCAGCUUCAAUUAUUAAAAAAAUUGCUGGACUGGUGAGUACUUUCCCCGUGCUGAACACAUGCUAAAACACAGAAUUAAUGAAACACUUUUUCUCUCUUGUUUCUAUGGCAUGUUUUGGACCUGAUUAUGCACUUCCAUUUUGUGUAUUAUUUGUUUCAUUUACAAACCAUUGGAUUAUAUGGAUAACUCUUUCUAGAUAAGUAGUGGAGAACGUCUAUGGUUGGAAGCCAAUAUUUGUUACUUGAGGGAUAAUAGUUGGAGAAUGCCUUCAAAAUGGAAAGAGAGAGUAUCAAUGUCUGGUAGAGAUUUUGAUCGUAGCAUCUGAUUAAAGAAUGAUGAAUUGACUGGGAAGAUGGGGUACUUAAUUUCCAACAUUCAUUGGUGGAAAAUGUACAAUGAUUCGGUAAAAGAAAGAAAAAUUAUGCUAAUAGUUCAUGUCAUGGACACGUGUAGGUUGAUCAUGGAAAGUGCUACUAAGUUUGUGGAUAACCAGCUUCAUACACCCGCCGUGCUAGUUUAAUAUGAAGGUACUAUCGCAUAAUUCAUCUCCAACUUAUAUGAGUUCAUAUGGAUUGGACUUGGCAACUUGGAAAACCACUUUUAUCUUCAACAGUCAAACUACCUACCGCUCGAUUUUCUCUCAUCUCUGGGUAGGAGCCUUCUAUCUGUUUAAAGCUGAUCCGUUUCCUGUUUUGGGGUCACUUCCUCUACAUUAUAGUACUCAGUCACCUAUCUUAAUAUUGACUCCUUUCUCAUCCUUCUCUGGAUGUAUUCGAAUCCCUAUCAGCUUCCUUAUAUCAAAAUGGCCCCUCUGCUGCAGAUUAGCAUGGUAUAUGCAUCAUUUGGAUCUAGUCUUCUCAAUAUUGAAUUAACUGCAUGAAGAGAAGGCUUUUCCUUCCAUGCAACCAAAAUUCGUGACAUCCGACUCUAUUUGCAGCUUCUGUCUGAUAUUUACAAAUAUUCUUUUGAUAGUUAAAACUUGUGUUCGAAUUAGAUCACAACUAUUUCUUAAAUAUUUAUUUAUGGCAGCAAAGUUUACUGGUGACCUCAGCAUUGAAUAAAUGGUCCAUACCUCUUGAAGUGGUUCGAGGUGCUGCAGAGCACCAUGGCCUUGCUUUGCUGUCAGACGAACGUGCCAAAUAUCUCAGUGCUUGUUUCUUCACUGGGAUUUCUCUUUCCCCAUCGGGGUAGAACCUUCCUCCAUGUGUCUAUAUCCACCCUUCCCGUUGCCCCAUUGGCUUCCAUCCUUCCAAGCAUCUGUGAUUCUGGGUUCUGGAGAUUUUCAUGAUUAUUUAGAUUUAAAUAUCGUGAUCUAAUUGCAUAUGAUCUCACCAUUUUUAUGAAAUAUAUUCGUGUCACUGCAUUCUCUGUUUGGUGAAAUAAUUUCGUGAAGUUUGUCCUUUUCCUGUUUUAUUUUUUGUCUGAGAAGAUGACAUACUUAUUAUGUUUAGUCAGAAAAGGGUUGUAAUGUUCUUGCCUCGGUUCUAUUCCCCCUUAUAUUGUGGAUAUUAUAGGUGUCUGACUUCUAUAGACGCCCGAGUUCAGACCAAAGCCCUGCGAAAUCUGGCUCAGAGGGAAUUCCUCACUUGCAAGAAAAUAAAGGGAUUCAGCUCUUAGGUCAAAUACGUCAUGGUUCAUGUCGCCCGCGGGCAAUUCUUUUUAAGGUUUUGGCUGAUGCUGCUGGCCUUGAGAGCAGACUCACAGUAGUAAGUUCAUUAUCUUUUCCGAUUUAUGCUACCCAGCUUAAUGUUCUGCCUGUACUUGUGACUCAAAGACUAGUUCUCUUUCUUUUUCUUCAGAAUAAAUCCUCUUCGCCCUCGCCCUGUUUGUUUCUUUUGGUUCCGAAGUUAUCUGUGUCACUUUCUUCCCCAUUUUCCUCCCUUUCCUCUUUUCUGAGCCUUCAGCUUUUUAAUAAUUAUAGAACCUAGCCUGAAGAAUAUUACUGAUCUUCAGAGGAGCAAGAUUUAAUGCUUUUUCUAAAUCUUUUGCAGGGCCUGCCUAAUGAUGGUGUUUCCGAGUUAGCUGACUCCUAUAGGCAUAUGUCAAUUGCAGUUCUUUUAAAUUCAGUGGAAUUGUUAGUUGAUCUCAUGAGAUUUCCCGGUCAGCUAAUUCCAUUUUCAGCCAGAGCAAUUGUUUUAUCUCACAUUUCAACAGCGGUAGAGAGUGACUCAGCAGAGAACGACUCAUGCGAUUCUCCUCUUGAACCUAAUAGUCCUUCGUGUGGAUUUUCAGAGAGAUUAUAUGGUGACUGGUAUGUUCUGUACUCAUGUUAGAGAAAUUCUAAUGGGAGCAUUCUUAUCUUGGGAUGCACUUUCUCUAAUGAUUGGUCUGUUCACGCUUCAUCACGACAAUAUUCCUUCAGUGUUUUAUGCUGCUAAAAUAUUCUUCUGUUGUAGAUAAGUACCUUUUUGUGCUCAUGCUAUUAAACCGAGCAUACUAUAUUUUUUAUUGGUUUGCUGAAGAAUUAUUCAGUUUUCGUGAAAAUGGAAGUUUUACUCUCAUAUAUUUUCCUCAAGGUUAGUGCAUAAAACGAUAAGUUAUUAUUCCAAAUUCUGGCUUCAUUGAGUUGUCUUUUGAUAUCCAUGGUGUAUCUAUGUUGAUUGUUCAAACACACGAAAGCAUCUUGUAUGUGGUCCUUCUACGAGGCUAAGAAGGAUGCAUCGUGCACACUGGAAUCCUAAAUUUGCGGUCAGAUGUUCGUAACCGGACAAAUCUUUGGCAGAUCUAAUCAUGACAGAAAACUGGCCUUUUCACAUGGUUGCCUUUUCAGAGGAAAUGGUGAGGAGAAACCUAAAAUAGAAAUGCAAGGGGAAGAAAAAGAAAGAAAGGGGAAUGGGCAACUGAGGAAGAUGAACGACAAAGUAAAACAGGAGAGAAAAAGAAAGGGGAAGAAACCGACCAAGGUGCCUGGCUUUCAGAAUGGCCAAUGUAGAUUGGAAUCAGUGGGUUCUUAUUAGUUAGAUGUGGAAAAAUGCUAUCGUUUUUUUUUCACGUUGAUCCACCAGUUUUAAGUCGCUGCAAGCUGCGUCUUGGUCUUUCAAAUUGUUAUUUUAUUGAAUUUUAUUUUUUUACAUAUUUGGCCCAAUUGGCCAUUUCCCCUUGUAGUACUCUGCCGUGAUCUAAGAUUGGGUUCCAUUAUCGACUCUACCAACUUUCGUAGUAAGGAGAAAUUCUCUUCUUUUGGUGAAGUGAUGAACGAAAGUUUUCUAAAGUACUCCAUUAAUCUCCAUGAAAAAUAUAUUUUUUGUAAAGUGCUUCGUUAAUGUCCUUGCAUAAUACCUUAAGAUAAAUCCUCCCAGUGGUAUUAUUAAGGAUAUAAUAUCAGUGAAUGUAGUUUUACUUGCAGCCUAAUUAUUUUUUUGUUAUGGUAGCGGUGACCAAGGUGAGAACCUUCAGUCAACAUAUCAGCGGAGAGUUGAGGCAUCAUCAAAUGCAUCUGUUGCACCAUUGCGAAAUUUGAUGUUGAAGCCCCUGGGCUUUGCUGAGGGAAAGUUAAGGUAAGAUUUAUUAUUUUAGCAAUGUUAUCAUUCAUUUGUUAUUCUUUUUUUUAUUUUCAUCUCUCCCCGUACUUUUUAUGUGUUGUAUUUUUUAUGUAUGUUACUUUCGUUGUAUCAGCUCAUCUCACAGUGAACCUAAUAUAGCAAAUGCUUUCUGGCGGCGCAGCCGCAGAAAAGCUAUUGCUGAACAGCGUGCAUCGAGUUCAAGGUUUGCAUCUUUAUUUAUUUCUUGAAUUUUUUACGUUCAUUCCGUAAUUGAUUCGGUUUGUGAACUAUUAAUCAAGUAACUGUAUUGUUGCUGGGGCAUUGCCAUUUGAGGCACUUUGAGAUUGAUUGUUGUAGAACUCUCAUAUUUUUAAAAAUUACUGACAGCCGUCUACAUUUCUAACAGCUCAAAUAGUUUUACGAUGCAUGGACGAUAUUUUAUAUGUAAUUUCGCAGGACAUUUCAAUUUAUGAAUUUACCCCUAGUUUGGGUGGAACGAGGUUAACGGAUGAGCCCGUGAACCUUGCCAGCAGGUCCCACUUUGGGAACUUGUUCUGUUUAGCCAAUUCCCUUGCAUGAACAAAUGAGGUUCUGAGCGCAAAACCUUACCGCCGUCAUGAGGCAGUGUCAUUUUGAGAACCUAUCCUUUUAAUUUCUCGAGUCUCAUGACACGAUUUUUUGUAGCUCGUAUGUAAAUGCUUACUCUUUUCUUCAUGUAGAGUGCAUUCUUGUACCUGUCAAGUACUUGUACCUAUGUUUUGUUCAUAAUUUAUUUGGUGUGACAAAUGUAUCUAUUAUAUGCAUUUCGCUAUUACCAAAAAGCGGAAUAGGCCGGAGUACAUAUACUGAUGCAUCAGGAAUUCUGCUAUAUGAAAAAUCUAUUGUACUUUCUUUUAAAUAAAGGUGCCUGUGGUCUAAAAUUCCUGUUUCCAUCCCCUUUCUUUUACGGAUGCAGCCCAGAACACCCUUUGUUCAGAGCGCGGGGAAGAUCCAUGCUUGGUGGUGAGAAACACUCAUACGGAGAAUAUGCAGAUGGUGUAGCUUCAUCAAGGUCCUUAUUGCAAAUGAUGCUGUCGUUAAUGUGUCAGUUUAGUAUUGAAAUUAAUUGGUAUUUAGUGCCAUUUUCAUCAUUUUAUGCCUGCGUGUUUGAAAGUCAUUGUUGGGUAGGAUCUAAUAAAGAUGACGAGCAGAAGUCGUUACUGUCCAUUAGUUUGCGUGUACCAACAGUUUGUCUCUGUGAAAUUCAUUUUUCAUAAAGUUCAGUUUCGUACUUUUAACACAUUCUGACGACAAUACUUCAUGAUGAUCAUGAUUUGCCUUAGUUUAUCGCUAUCGGUUUGCAUUUUUUAACGACCUGUUGAAGAUCACAGUCAUGAAGGUCACAGUUUCAUUCUCAUAUUGAAAAUGUGCAUUUCCCAUGGUUGGUUGUGGUCUCACUUUUCAUUGUAGGUUUUCAUGGAAGAUCGAGUUCAGGAAAAAACUUGUACUUUGUCUUGCUUUCCCCUAGAAAAUAUCUUGCUCAAUGUGUACUGAAUUCAUUUAUCUUUUACACUGUUUCGGUGGGACAUGUGUGGCAUCUAAACAGGGGAGAUAGGAGAUCCAUGAACAUAAUAUAUUAAACCUUUGCAUGAGGCAUGAAUCCCUAUCCACCAUUUGGCCAGUUCAUGUAAUUAUCUUGAUUUCUCCUAAGUUAGUUGUAAGAAUACUUGACGUCCUGGUAUAUGUGGAUGGUGAAAUAGUCUUACCCGGAAGAGGAAAGUUUGAUUUUACGCUGGAUUAUGGAAGCCAAUCAGAAACCAUGAUAUUCCCUAUGCAUGAAAGACCAUUCAUCUCGAAUUGUGUUAGAGCAGUUCAUACAGGACAAAAUGGGGCCUAACCUUCUGUCUACACUUAUUUAUGUGUCAGAAUGCAGGGCUAAUUAUCCUUCCGAUGUGUGACAGUGCAAUCAGGUUUCCAUAUGUUCAGUUGUAGCAAGACUGUACUGAGGAUUUUAGAUUGGUAGUGCAUUGGACGAUGUAACACUUUUUUUCCUGUGACUCUGGGGUGUACGACUUUGCAAAGCAUCUGAUCAAAUGGUAUAACAUAUCUAGGAUUUCACUGGAUGGCUACUUAGUUUGGGGCGUAUUGUGAAAGCCUAGUGAUCGUUUUCAUGCAGGAAGCAUGUGCCGUGGUAAGAUUGGUAUGAGCAGGAAGGCACCAAAGGCUGUAUGGUACGACCACACUUGAACUGAAGUACAACCUUAAUAGACGUGGACAAUGUUACACGGUUAAACAGUGCAUGUUGCCACAUUUCAAAAGACAUUUACUCGUGGCACAAUGCCAAGUGGCAUGUGGGCCACAACUGGGUAGGAUUCAGUGCAGGACCUGGACAGGCAUGUACAUGAGAGAAACACGCCGUAGGUAAUGCAUGUAGCGUACAUGCCAUGAAUAGUUGUGUAUGUUUCAGAAACUUAUGGAGAGCCAUUGGGAAGGUAUCUAUUAAGCAAUCAAUAGAAGGCAUAAUCACCAAAAGACUCUCAACGGGCCAUCUCACUUCAGGUUUACACAAUUCAAACUUGAAAGACAUGCUCAGGUUGAGGGGAUAUGUCGAAGAUCAGGUUAUUAGAUACUGGGACCUAAUUACGUGAACCUGAAUAUUAUUUAUCUGGGUAUAUCCAUACGUCAGGAUACAAUAGCUAUUAUUUUAUUAGUUAGUUAUAUUCUCACAGAGCAAUGUGAUAAUAGUAGGGAACGUUGGAUUUAGUUCGAAGUUCCAAAUCUUAUAUGAGUAGAUAUUGCAUGGUUGGCAUGGUAGCACAGGGAAUCUUCACCAGUGAUACUGGAAGAGAGUUUCUUGUCCUUACCGGAAAAUAGCGACCUUUGUCUGGCGAAAAGAUGGGUUUUUUUGUUCACGCUUUUUCAUUAAGUGAAAAUAAAAGUAUAAGCAUCCAUGUAAAUCUGUAGUGCAUGGUGGUCAAUAUAGCAACCAUUUACAAAAUAAGUUCUCAUUGGCUAGCUAAAUUUAAAAUCAACUUUUUUUUUUCGUAGUGUUCUUCUAAAAUAUGUAACGCUGUUAUACCACACGGACACGUCAGAAACUCUGAGGAAAUCCUGAUCCCUUAACCUAAAAACAAGAAUCUAAGAUUAACGAUAGUCCAAAAGUCUUGUGUUGCUAUUCUCAAUCUGGUUCUUCAUUCUGGAAAAUAUGCAUUCACCUGAUUCACAAACUUUCCGAAAGAUAGCUUGAGAGUUUUGUGUCAUUUAAGUAAUGUUGGGCCGGCAUUAGACCAUCACUUACGGAAAUGCAAAGUUAGUUGAUUCCUCUUUGGGUUGUGAUCGCCUGAGCUGAUCUCGUUUUGAAAUGUGCUGGUUGAGACCAGCGAGAACGACCAUUGUCCUUGCCUUACCUGGUCAGUGUCUUCCCUCUUGGUCGAUGUUGAUCUUGGUUGGAUUUUGGGGGGUUGGCUAACGACCCUGGUCAGUACCCUCUCUCUUGUGCUUUGACGGAAUGUCAUUGAUUUUGAGUGCAUGAACCAACCUAUUCCUUUUAUCCAUGCUGAUACUUGGGGAAUCUUUUGAGGAUUUUCAGUCUGUUUUAAUUCGUCCUUAACUAAUUGGUGGCCUGUUAUUAUGUGAAUCGGUUUUUGCGAAGAGAUAGGGCGUUUAUAUCAUAAAUUUGCACAGGUCAGAUGGUGCAUCGACAUCUGAUACUCGUCGAACAAGGCGUCGAAGCAUUAGUAUGACCCCAGAGAUUGGCGAUGAUAUUGUGAGGUUGGUUGCUCAUAGUGGCUUUGGUUUCUUUAAAUUCCUUGGUUUUUUUUCUCUAUCAAUGCCUGCUUAUAGUUCCUAUAACAAAAAAUCGGGCUUAUGCUUCUUUCUCCCUGGAACUCCCCUUUCUUUUGACCAACGGGUCCAUGAUGAAGUAUCUACUUUCAUAGUCACUUAAAAUCUUUUAUGCCAUUUGAGCUUGAAAUUUUCUGUUUCCGAUCUUGUCUUAUUGAUUGAAUUCACUCAAUCAAUUAUGUUCUAGCGUAACUGUGAGAGUCUUAUAUUGACAGGAUAGCAAUUUCUGUGCAUCAUGAAUGACAUUGUUUAGCCAUUAGCUUUUUAGGCCGGAGUCUCUCUUUUGUAUGAUCAAUCAUGAUGAGAACGAAAAACCUAGUGGCAGCUUGUGGUUUAGAAAAUCUUAUGUUUUCGUCUAUGGAAUAUAUUUUGGAUUGAUAUUAGCUUCCGGACUGGGUUUUCAGUUGAUUGUUCUUCCAUGCGAAUUUCAGAUGUAGUUUUCUAUUUCGAAAGUAUUUGAGGAAAGGCCAGAUAGCUCAGUUCCUGCUGAACAGUGAGUAAUGAAAUGGAUUCCAACCUCAUCCCGUGCAGAUCUGUUGUUGGGGAAAUUAGAGUUUGAUCCUGUGCUGAUCUAUUUCCCAUCCCCACCUCCCCUUUCAACCCCAGCGGCGAAUCUUUUUGGCGGAAAGAUAGAUAAGCUGAGUUUUGAUGAAUCUAGUGUUAUAUAUAUUGGGGUAGUAAUGUCUUGGAAAAUAAUAACUUCUAAAGCGACGGAGCAACUGUCAGAUCUUUUCUGGUGACUUCCAGAUGCAAGGAAACGGGUCUUGUGGAUCCCACUGUUAAAUAUGUGGAAUUACGUUUGCGUGAUCUUUAGGUUUGACUGUAUGAUGUGUAUAGAGCAUACCAAGAAUCACCCCUCAUUUGAUAUCUUAUUUUCUCUCGUGUCAGUGUCUUUAAUUUAUGGAACUUUCUUUGAAAGAUUGGAUAUCCCUUGAGGCUGCUGCUUCUUGUUCAUGUGAUGAGCAUUCUUGUUUGGUUCUGAGUUUUUAUUGUAGCAUAAGCUUCUACUAGAAGCCAAUGCUGCCUCAGUGUUUUAAUUUCCUCCAGCCUUACAAAAUAUUGACGGUAACCUCUUGUAACAUUUUUACAGGGCUGUUCGAGCAAUGAAUGAAUCAUUGAAGCAGAACCGCAGGAUACAGGACAAAGAUAAUGAAGGGUCCAUUGCAUACUCAGAUGACAAGGGCAAUUGUGAUGACCUUUGGAAAGAUGUACGUUCUCUUUCAGUGCACUGCAUCCCUACGUUGAUGUCACUGUUUUUCUUGCUAAGUGAUUUCUGAUUUCUCUUGCCAUAUUUCCUCUUCAUCUGAUUUAAUAAAAGGAAACUAGUGUUGACCAAUGUAUAUCAGUCGAUUUCUGAGUUUAACUGUCUAUGGCCUGAGCAUCAUUGUGUUUGGUAUUUGUUGAUUAACCCCUCUUCCCUCGUACCCUUACUGAACCAUCCUGCCUCAUUCUGGGUGCAGGUUCAGAUAUCCGCAUCUCCAUGGUUGUAACUAAGGGAUAGACUCUUACAUUUGGCUGUUCACGCACUAGAUUGUCUUGUCCGAUCAUUCUCACUUUGUUAUAGCCACGAUACUGGCAACUUAGAAUGUUUUUACUGACCAUCGUAAGCCGUUUUAUCUGUUUCCAACUGUAGAUACAUAAUUAGGUAUAAGUAUGUGCAACUGAUCUUUGUCUAGAAGGCGUUCAUUUUAAAAAGAUGUCUAGGGGGAAUUAGAGCCAUGCUACGUCUGAAAAUAUUGUUUGCUUGUGUGGAAUGUGGUUUUGUGCGAGCCCUGUUCAUGUGUGUGAUCACCUUUUGCUUGUCAUAGUGAUAUCCUCGUGCAUUGAUUUGGAUUAAGUUCAUAACUAAUGUCUCAGAAAAGAUACUCCCUGAUGGUGAUACUUUCUUCUGUUAUGAACCUCUACUGUCAGUCGUUUCAUUUCCAGAACUAUUAUUACUCGUUGAUGACCCGAAAUAUCAACUGAAGAAAGACCGAGUGAUAUUUAUGAAUUUUAAAGCUCAUAAUUAAACCUGACCGAGUGAUAACACGCGUGCAAACACUUCAAAAGUUCACCGGAAGCUAAACCAGGAAAUUAUUGUUGUUUGAGUACGACAAGUUGUGGAUCGAUGAGACAAGGAUCUUUCGUAAAUUGUAACCUUGAUUGGAUUUUUUACUUAACAAGGUCAUAAACUAACUUCUUGGUUUGUAGAUUUUAUAACUUCUGCUUCUUACCAUUUUACUCUAAAUAGCAUGCCUUUCAUCAGUUUGAAAAGUAUUAUAGUCGAGAGUCUAAAAUUCAAUAGAAAUAUGAAUCGAUUGAGGAACCCGACAUGCUGAUACUUGACGCGAGAAAAACGUCAGAGAACACGAUGAAAAUAAUAUUUAUAACCAAUAACGAGCACUUUUAACAUUAAGUGUAGAAUUGAGUGCUGUUUGGAUGAAAAAAUGCAGACUUUGGGUGCCCUCAGUCCUGCAUUUCUCCUUCGAAUUAGGUAUGCUCGAAAGUUUCUUAAACUAGCCCUAAUGAACUCACGUGCAACUCAUAUCGUAUGUAUGUAUUGCAUCAAGGGUGUGGAAUCUAACAGUUCUAACAGACCCCACAGCCGUGUCCUGUAUGGGACACGCCCAAAACUGAUUGGUGCGUUAUUUUGGAACUGGGCUUGUAAAAGACAGCUACCAUCUAUAAGAUAUUCCUGUGAAUGUCUAACUGUAGCAUGGCAAAUGUAAGCUGCUUUCGCAUCUAUCUUUCAAGCCUUUUCAAUUGAUGGUCACUUGUUUCCCACGUGACAUCUGCUCGUAGUUAGAUAGGGUGACAAACGUAGCAUGCAUAUUAUACUUAGCUCGUUAUUUAUUUAUUAUUCCUUUCACUUUUGUUGUAUUUAUUGUGAUCGUAAAGCCAAACAAUAAUUAUUCCUUUCUUGUUUCUGUUUCGUAGCCCUUCCAUGUUUCUGAAUGCUUUGAUACCAAAAGUUACAUGGACUAAAGAGCUUGAAUUUCUCGUUUUUUUCAGUCUCCAAGUUAUCAGUUGGAAGGUCACGCCUAUAUAUCUUCUCCAUACAUUCAUUCUAGAAAGCAAAAUAGUACUGGCCAGAAGGCAAUAUCAUUGCCUUCUUCUCCCCAUGAAUUCAGCACUCAGAGUUCCCAGGGAAUUGGUGCUUCAGGCUUGUUGACAACUGAAGAUAUGGUUUCAGUAUGGGAUAAAGUGUUGAAAUCCUCGCCCUUCCUAAAUAAGCCAUUAUUGCCAUUUGAAGAGUGGAAUAUUGAUUUCUCAGAGUUAAGCGUUGGCACGCGUGUUGGUAUAGGUAAGCAUUUUGAUUGGGUGAGGUAUUUUCUUUGUAAAUAAAUAUCCCAUGCAAAUCUUAUAUGUCAGCUACGUUUUCUGGUUACUUCAUCAUCUCGAUUUUCAUUCAGUAGCGUGUUAUCUUUACUGCAAAAUUGGUAGUGCCACAAUUGGCACGCUCCCGUUUCUUUUUAUACGACAUUUUUUUUUUCGCGGGGGUGGGCGAAUUUGACACCUCGGAAAAUGAGUCUCUAGUCUUUGUUUUUCUAGAUGGAAGGUCCCAGAUUUCCCUAACAGCGUUUUAUCCUUGUUAUAAAGCCAGACAUCCUGGCUUCAUAAUCCGAGCUUAUUAGAUAUUAGAUGGACAGGGAUUGUACAGAGAAAAAGGAAUUUCAUCAAUACAGCCCAACGUAGUUGAGCAUGGAUGCUGUCAGCUGUUCUAACUCGCAGAUGUUGCGUUUAAUGCACAUCGGAGUGCUUUAUGAAAAUUGCAUGCGAACGAUUUCCUUUCCCCUUUAGGCUCACAACUGUCUAAGGAGUAGCCACCGCCUUGGUUGUGCCGUAUAAUUGACAGAAUCUGUAGCAACCUCCUUUUAUCUGGCUGGAACCGUUAGCCGAAACAAAGUAGGAGAGAACGAAGUCAUGGUAUGAGAGGAAUGCCGUAGAUAUUAAUACGAAAUUGAUCGUUUCACGGUCUUCCUCAUCGCUCCUCUCAUAUAUAGACUGAUAUUCAUCCCGUUGAAUCCAUGUUUUCUCCUCGUUAGAAGUCUUUCUAUUUGUAUUCUCUGCCGGGAACAUGGAAAUGGCAAUAAUAAUUAUGAACGCUCAAAUAUUUCAAAUGGAGGGUUCUUCGGAGAGGUUUUCCGGGGGAUCUGGAACGGCACGGAUGUCGCCAUCAAGGUCUUUCUGGAGCAAGAUCUGACCCCUGAGAACAUGGAAGAUUUCUGCAACGAGAUAUCCAUACUGAGGUACGGACCCAUUUUAUCGACAGCAAACAGACUUGCUCUCUCGCACAUCGCUCUAAGCUUCUAUUCUGACCUCGUCUGCCCUCUUCUCUUCGUUGUUUCAGUCGCCUCCGGCAUCCGAACGGUACUUUCCUCCUUGCCCAGGAACACACCCACCCGCUCUGUUCUUUCCUAUGAAUCACCCGUUUGCCCUCGGAAUGACUGUAGUUUCUGCUCUCCUCCCGCAGUUAUUCUGUUCCUCGGGGCCUGCAUGAAGCCUCCCAAGCUGUCAAUGAUCACCGAGUACAUGGAGAUGGGCUCCUUGUACUACCUCAUCCACACGACCGGCCAGAAGAGCUUGAGCUGGCGCAGGAGGUUGAAGAUGCUUCGUGAUAUCUGCCGGUGAGAGCUCUUCCAUCUCCUCAUCCUCCUUCCAGCUGCUGCUCCUGGAAGGUAUUCAUUGGAGAGAUUCAUUCUGAUUGUUCAUCUGAGGUAACUGCAGGGGGCUGAUGUGCAUCCACCGCAUGAGAAUAGUUCACCGGGAUCUGAAGAGCGCCAACUGCCUGGUGAGCAAGCACUGGACCGUGAAGAUCUGCGACUUCGGGCUCUCGCGGGCGAUGACCGGCUCCUCCCCCAUGAGGGACGACGCCUCCGCCGGCACGCCCGAGUGGAUGGCCCCGGAGCUCAUCCGCAACGAGCCCUUCUCCGAGAAGUGCGACAUCUUCAGCUUCGGCGUCAUCAUGUGGGAGCUCUGCACCCUCAGGCGCCCCUGGGACGGCGUCACCCCUGUUCAGGUGGGUCUUCCUUCUCAUCCGUCCCUCCUCUUCCUCUUCCUCCUCUUCCUCCCUCAUUCCCUCUGUUUCUUCAGGUCAUUCACUCGGUGGCCAACGAAGGCACGCGAUUGGAGAUCCCCGACGGCCCCUUGGGGAAGCUCAUCUCUGGUCAGCCCCCCCUUCAUUCUCAUCUUGCUGAUUUCUGCUGUUUUCCUUCGCCAUGUUAAUGACCUUGGUUGCGUCCUCGCCUCCGCAGAUUGCUGGGCGGAGCCCGAGGAGCGGCCAAGCUGCCAGGAGAUCCUUUCCCGCCUGCUCGACUGUGAAUACACCCUCUGCUAG